AUGGCGAGACUUUAUACAAAACCAAAGGAAACCGAUCAAGUGGCGAAAGGAAGCACCAAGCGUGGAGGAAGGAAAACUGUAGAGAAUGAAGUAGUGGCCAGACCUCAAUCUACAGCCAGGGACGAUGAGACGCAGGAGAAGAUAUCCUCUGAAAGCGCAAGAGAAGUGGAACAGAAUGAGAGCAAAGAUGGCCCUGAACGAACUGUUAGGUCUAGGAGGCAGAUCGAUGCCCAGGAAAAGCUGAUAUCCCAGUUAUCUGAUUUAUCCUUGACCUCAAAGAAGAAGGAAAAGAUUUAUCGAGAGAGAAAUGAGGAGGAGGAAGUGGUUGAGAGGUUCACCAAGUUGGAACUUCAGGGGGCAGAUGAAGAUGACGAGGAAGACGUGGUAGAGAAAAGGAUACCUGACGAGGAAGAUCAAACGGACCUGAGAAGAAGAACUCGCCGUACAUCCAAGAAGAAUUCUAGUUACAGUGAUGAAGAUGAAGAGGAAAAUGAAGAGGAUAGUACCACAGGACGUGAUGAAGGGGAUGAUACUGAUGAUUUCGAUUCAUUGGAUGACUUUAUUGUUUCUGAUAAUGAAUCAUUGAGCCUGUAUGAGGACUCGGAAUAUGAAGAUGAAAAGGAUAGUGAUGAAGAGGGGGGGGAGAAAGAAAAUAGCAAAUCUCACCCUUCCCCUGACCAUCCGCUAGAUUCUGAUGCUGAAGCGCAGUCUGAGCCACAGCAUCGGCCACGCAGAAGACUGUUUAGGGGUAGAAGAAAGCAGCGCUGCUCAACUUCCUCUGAUAUAUCAGAUAAUGAAACUUGUGAGGGUGCUGACAGACAUAACAAUACCCCGGGUUCUAACACAGAGCCAUUGUUAUCCAACAACAUGAUGAACAACACAUCUUAUCCUGGUAAUCAGGAAGAAGAUGAGCAGGAUACAGCCAUCACAGCUGAUACUCUGCUGGAUUCCAGGCCAUUUCUCCCACCUCCAGCAUCUCCUAAGUUAUCAAAAGAGCCUAAAAAUCAAAACAAAGUGUCUGUGGGCUCGACUACCACAAAGAACACAAAUAGCCGAGCCAUAGAUAGCUCUCAAGGGACGCCCCCUUCUUCUGCUGAGUCUCCCGAGCAAGACAGCUCGAAUAUGGACUUCGUUACUCCUCCAACCUCCCCUACAAAGCCCCGGCUUAAAUCUCCCUCAAAGUCACAGAAGAAUCGCAUUCCUCCAUCCCCUCACAAAUCCAAUAUCGAUAUGUUUUGGGACCAAGAAGCUGUCAAUGAGUGGAAUGACAAGUUCUCUCCUCGAAAGAUCAAAGCUCCUAAUUUCUACAAACGGCAUUUUGAUAUCUUCUCUGACACAGAGGGUGAGGAUGAUGACGAUAAACAGACAUUUGGUAGUCGGGACAACGACUGUGUGAUUACAGAUGUGUCGAUUCCAGGGCACCUGGGCACUCCUGAGCCUGAUGCAAUCGGUGACAAGUUGCCUCUACAUACCUCCCCGAUCAAAAACAAUGCUAGCCCGGGUAAAAAGCAAGCCAAGGCAUCAGCAUCGACGAAGAAGGCAUUGGCUACCAAAAAGCGGGAAUUUGAUGAACGAAAGCAUACUCUUGCUACGAACUUCUUUAACGACUUGGAUACUAUGGUGACUGGGGGCGAGAUUUUGAAACUCGCUAAAUCUGCUGGUGGAGUAAACAUUGUUUGGAAUAACAAAUUGACUACCACGGCUGGUAGAGCAACUUGGAAAAAAGAGUUGAUCACACGCAACAGAGAUUCAACAGAGCAGUUUCUUAUCGACUCUUCUUCAGCGAACCUCUGUUCUCCGAAUACUUCCUCUUCACAUGCAUCUUCCUCGGCAUCAUCUUCAACUACCAGCUCAUUACCUACGGACGAACCUUUGAUAUCGUCAAGCAAAUCUUCUGUCCACCGUUCAAUAAGACACAAUGCCACAAUUGAGCUGGCCGAGAAGAUAAUUGACUGUGAGGGCCGGCUGCUUAACACAUUAGCGCACGAAUAUUGUCACCUAGCCAACUUUAUGGUAUCAGGUGUUCUCGACCAGCCUCACGGCGCAAGUUUCAAACAAUGGGCUAAAAAGUGCAAGACAGCUCUCGAUGCUCAUCCAGAGUACUCUGGCAAGGUCGAAAUUAGCACGAAACAUUCAUAUCUAAUCAAUUACAAAUACAUGUGGUGCUGCACGGCUUGUGGGCAGGAAUAUGGUCGACACUCAAGGAGCAUUGAUCCGGUAAAGGUUCGGUGUGGAAAGUGUUAUGAUGGGAAGCUAUUGCAAGUUAAGCCAAAACCAAGGGGGAAAGCAAAAGUGUAA